AUGUGUCUGCAUCUAUCCUCUGUUCUCUUACGGGGCCGUACGAUAGGUAGUCCGACCACGGUGCCCGCGUCACAGUUCAUGAAUUUCGGGGAAGAUCUUGCACCAGCGCUGAAAGACGAUAUCACAGAUUGGGCGGGUGCGCAGCAAAUGCGGCGGACUUUACAAUGGCCACGGUACUCGGUGACCAUGCCGGCCAAGCAGACGCGAUUCCCGUCGUCCAGCCUCUGGGGCACCCAUUUCGGCCGCUUUGGCACCCGAUUGAUGCAGAGGGUACAGGUGGCGAAGUCGAUGAUCAGGGUGCGGGGCGAGGAUCUCAUCAUCCGGCCUCAGUUGAUGGUGGUUUCUCAUCGCCGCGUUGACCUGAUACCGGCCGAUCCCCUCGGCGCCGUAGCCCAUCAGAAGCAUAUUCUGGACCUGGCCGAAGUCGCCCACCGCAUACGGCUACUUCGUAGUGGUGCUGGGGCUUCCAUGCUAGUCAAUUGCUCGCACGUAUCUCCCAACGUCAUUAUGGGUCACGGGAGCUAUUUUCGCCACGGUCAUCUCAACGACGCCUCGUCAUGUGGUCCCAGAAGCGCUGAGGCUCAGGGGCCUUGGUUUCGGAUGAUUUAUCCUUCGACCACUCUCUCGGGCUUUCUGCAGCGGCAUGACACAGGCCAGAAUGUAAAUCCCGAGCUGCAUCUGACUCCAGCCUACAUUCAGGCGCGUGGAAUCCAAGACAACAGCCUGGCGGCUGAUAACAACCAGGUCGAUUAUGACGCCUCGGCGCACUUCGUCGUGGCGCCUACCAGGUAG